GACCCUCUCUGCAGGGUCGCUACCCAGCGGCCUCAACGGGGACCGAAAUGUACAAUUUAUAUGCUGCAGCAAAAAGCCCUUUCCCCGCGCCCCGGAGGAUGGUAAGUUAGCUGUUGGGCGUCGUCAAAUUUCGUCGUGACUCUCCGGCCUUGGUACGACUCUGAAUCUGCGAAGCGGCUCUGAAGGGCCAGCUCGAGACCGGCCGACUCUAUGCAGCACCGUUGGCUGGUGCGCAGGGCUUCGGACGAAAGGACGCCAACCAAACGUGGAGCAGUCGGCUGGUGGCGGCCUUCCUUUGGAGGCCUAGAAUUUCGUCAUUACAUCCGCACCGCCGAGAGUGACGGGGCUCCAGGCUCUGACUGACUGACUCUUGGUCAGCUGCUUUGGCACGUGACUGGUGGACGACCCGGCUUGGCUCGGGGGGGCGACGGACCCCACCCUCGGCCGUGUUGCUUCACCCUCGGAGCCGCAGCCGCCUGGGCCCCGCAAUUCCCGGGUCGGUUGAGGCCAACCGGGAUGCUCUGGGCGCGGCAAGAGGGGGCAGGACCGGGCGGCAGGGGCUACUGCAGCCGGGCGUCUUUUUGAACGAAGGGCCGUUCUCAUCGCAUGGCUCGUGUUCCGCAUAUCUCUGCGCUGACCGUCCCGUCACACCGAAGGCUGACAUUUCUCCAGGUGGAGCCGGUCGCUGCCAGCCCUCAGGCACCGCGUAUUCUUCGCGUUCUGGCUCGCUGCGCUGAGUCCCUGUCUUUCAACCGGUUGAGCAUGGAUCAGCCCCAAUGCGCAGCCUCGACGCUAGAGAACCUUUCCAUCCACCAGCCUCAACGCCCAUGGUAACCCUACGGAGUGAUGCUGUCCGAGCAGAGCAAGGCGACAUCAGACAAAGACGAUGGACGAUUGUAUCGCGCGUGAUUCUCUGUAGUGAGGAUAACGGGUAAAAGAGCAGUCAAGCGUGCUUAGUCUACCAAACUCUUGCGUGUCUUCCUGGGGCUGCAUCAUCGGCGUCGUCAGUCAAGGUCCUCCCAAUCAGGAUAGUCAUGCGAGGCCAACUCGGCAAGCCCCACUAUGCCAUCCCUCGCCCUGACUGACCGACGGCAUUGCGGCAUCAAGCCACAGCCCUAUGGCCAGAACCCUGGUCCAUCAUCUGGUUAUGGCCCCAUCUGGUUGUGGCUCUGCCUUCGAAUCGACACAUCCCUUUGGGAACUCAUUCGAGGUGCAAGAUCCCGAAGCAUGCCUGGACCCGUAAUGCUGGCCGAAGGCCCCCAGAUUAUACCCCUGACUGUCGUGGCUCAUGAUGUGGCCGGGGCGGCUACUGUGACAGCACUCCGCCCUGAGGCAGAAUGGUUGUGGGACAUCUAGACUAUAUAUGUCCAUCACACGCGCGACUCUAGUAUAGUGAAGCCUCUCGCUUGUCAUCGCACCUCUUCAACACGCACCAAGGGUCUCCGGUGCCGCUCACAAUGGCAACCUACAUAUACAAGAAGUUUCUCAGCCCGUCGCGCGAUGAAUCGUCCCCAAAACCGCCCCCAAGGACGUGUCCCCACCGACAAGAGCCGGAAACCGCAACAUGCCCGGACUGCAAGGCAGACAAGUCAAAAGUGAGAAAAUACCGAUGGAAAAUCAUCUUUGGCCUGCUAUGGCCAUACUCUCUGCAAGCGCUUGAUGCCACCAUGUACGCACACGUACCCCAUGCGAGUUCACCUGGCUUGCUUACUCUGACUCGUUGAUCUCAAGUAUCGCGAGCGCACUGCCAUGGAUCGCGAGCGACUUCAACGAAAUAUCCCAGCAGAAUUGGAUCGUUUCGGCUUUCAACCUCACUUCUGCUGCGUUCAUCCCGUUUUGGGCCCUGAUGGCCGAUGUAUUUGGCCGAUACGCCGCCAUCACCGCGGCCGUACUCAUCAUGAUGGUCGGGAGCGCUCUGUGCACGGGAGCCCCAACCAACGCCUAUGCCGUCCUUUUGCUUGGUCGCGCCUUCCAAGGCAUUGCCUCCGCCGGGUUGAACGUCGUUGUUCGCACCAUUCUCGCCGACAGAGUCACCCUGCGAGAGAACGCCAAGAAUUGGGCCAUCUUUGCGUUCGUCGGCGGCAUCUCCUACGCCAUGGGCCCCGUCGUCGGCGGCUACCUGACGAGGGCCGACUGGAGAUGGUGUUUUGGGAUCAACCUCCCCAUCGCCGCCGUUGCCCUGCUGGCCAUCUUUUUCGUCCUACGCAAGGAGCUCUUGGGGCCACAGCCGAUCCCGGAGCUCGACGAGACGGCUGAGACUGGGCGUCGCGCCAAGUUGGUGGUGCGCCUCAAGACAGUCGACGUGGGUGGACAGGCACUCUUCGUCAUUGGCUUUGGCCUCAUUAUCCUCGGCCUGACAUGGGGCGGCGUGACCUAUCCCUGGGCUUCGGCUGCCGUGAUUGUGUCUCUUGUCGUGGGAUGCUUGUUUGUUGGCUUCUUCUUCGCGUGGGAGAGGAUGCUUUCUCCAGGACGGGCGUUGUCCAAGAAGAUGCCGUGGCAGAGAGCCAUGAUCCCGUGGGCGAUGUUGACGAAUCGGGAUCUUGGGCUGAUCUUCUACACCGAGUGCGCCACCGGCAUGGCCAUGUUUUCUGUGCUCUACUUUUGCAACAUCUACUUUAUCGCAGUCAAGGGGAACAGCUCAGACAAGGCAGGCCUUCAGUUGCUCUAUUUUACGCCAGGAAUUGGAGUUGGCAUCUACCUGUGCUCCAUCCUCUGCAACCGUUGGCCGCGCAUGACGUUUCCGCCAUUGUUCCUGGGCUCAAUCAUUGAGAUGGUAGGUGUUGGAGUCCUCGCGUGGGCCUUGUAUAUGGAAAGAACGGCAACGAUAUUCGGCAUGAUGGCGCUGGUCGGUUGCGGCAUGGGUCUCCGGUUUAUGAUUGCGCCACUUCAUGGCAUUGGCAUCUUCAAAGCCCACCGUGCGGCGGUCAUUGGGCUGAUGGCUGUUGCUGUUCCCUUUGGCGGGACCAUCGGUCUUACCAUCAUGUCGACCGUGUUCAACAACACGUCUGGGCUUGACUCGAAGCACAGCGACUUCUCCAGACUGGGAGAGCUGCCCGAAGGAGCCAGGCGGCAGGCAAUCUACGACGCAAAGAUGGGUGUAGUCUGGGCAUUUGUUGCUAUUGUUCCGUUCAUGGUCCUGUCUUGGUCCUGCUGCUUCUUUCUCGGAAACGUGGUGCUUGGAAGCAAGUCGGCGGUCGAUGACGAUGGUGACGGAAGCCAAGAUGUCGUCUACGAUAAACCCUAUCUCUGGAAUCUGUUGAGGGGCCGCCGGAUGCGAGCGGAGGAUUACACGGGAAUAAGGCUCGAGAGCCCUGGCGGAAGACAAGGGCUCAAGACGACGCUGAACGAAGCCUCUCCCGCCUGAAAGAGGAUGGUACGUCGGCUGCGGGCCUCCCUUUGUGUUAGAUACCCCCAUUGAUAGAGGAGUAACCCCGUUGAGUCUU